AUGGGUCAUAUGCUGAAAGAUAACCCUGAACUUAUGAAGUAGAUGACAGGAUACUGGAAAAUGCUUGACAAUAUGUCAGACUCUAACCCAGAUGAAUACAAAAAAUUUAUAGAUACAUAAAUGAAAGAUAUGUCUACAGAGAUCAAGAAGGAGAAAGAAGAGGAAGUAAAGCAUUAGACUAUUGUUGGAGAGCCCGCCUUUUGUAUGAAAGCUUUAGUAGCCAAAGUUUUGGAUUAAAAAGAUACAGCUCAAACAAAGAAAUAGGAUUAGGGCAUUAAAUUAUUUGAUACUUAUGGUGAAAGUUAGAUCAAGGAAUCAUUUUUAGAUAAUGACGAGCGUCAAGAUCCUCUAGAAGAGCCAAAGCUAUUCUUAAACAUAACAUAUUGUGAAUAAGUACUUCCUCCUCUAAACAAGCAAAAUGACUUAGCUGAUAAAAAUAAUGAUAGAGAUUGGCAUGUGAUUCCAAUUGCUUUUACUGAAUCUUAACUUAGAAAGUCACUAGAUAAUUUACAAUGCAUCCAUUAUGAUGCCUAUGUUAAUACUUGUGUUGUUGACAAAAUGAAAGAAGGAGAUAGGACUUUCAAGUCAAUAAUGAACUAUGUCGUCAUGAAGUUUCAAUAGCUUCUUAAAGAUUAGUUUAUUAUACACAAGAAAAGUGUUAAAUUCUUGAAAUCUAAAAAAUAUAAGGACUACAAGGGUACUAAUUCUUAAAAAGUCUAUCCUUUUGUAUUGCCAAAAGAGUACGAUCUCAAGCAAUUUAAAAGAGUCAAAGAGAAGUUGAUUAAGCAAACUGAAGCUAAUAAACUCAGUUAAGGACCUCAAAACGUUUAGAUUCCCACUGCAUAGGCUUAAAAAAGCACAUAGGAAGAAGUAGCUAGUAAUAUCAGAAUACCUGGAAUCCAGCUGAAUGAAUAAUAGGUGAAAAAGAAGUCUGUAGUUAUAGAAGUGCUAGGAAAGACUAUUCCAAAUGUUGAAAUAAUAGAGUCAGACUAAGAUAUUGUUAUGUGCUUUAACGUCGAAGAGGAACUCUCAGCUAAAGAUAUUGAUUUGGAUAUAUCAGAGAAGGAAAUUAGACUAAAUAGUAAAAAUUAUGAGUAUCAUAAGGAGAUGGUUGAGCAGGGUAGAAUGAUUAAGACCACUUAAUUAAAUCCUUAAACCCCGAAAAAGGUUUCAUCAAGACGAGAACCAAUUUAACUUUACAUAGAAAUAGACAAAGAUAAAAAAAAGUCUAAUAAUGCUCAGUAGCAACAAUUCGCAUCUGUAUCAAAAUAAUCUUAAAGUUUGUAGGAGGCCUGGUAGAAGCAAUAACUUAAACAAAGCAAAAAGAAAAAAAAGAAGGCAAAAAAUAAAAACUCCCAGCUUCAAGAUGCUCUCUCUGAAAAUUUUAAAUAAACUAUUCGCGAUUAAAUUAAUACAGCAAGAGGAAUGACCCCAACAGAAAACAUUUUAACAAAGGCAAUGGACAAAAAUGCUAAACUAAGACAAAUAAUAUCAUAUAACAAUGAGGAAUCUAACUCAUAUUAAAUUGAUGAUAAGUCAACUUACUCUGGCAAACUGAUUUCCAGAGCUAAAACCAAGGAGAAAAAAAAUCCUUUAGCAAGAUCUAAAAAUUCAAAAUCCUUAAGAAUGAUUGUUCCAAAUACAGGUAUUGAUCAGUAUUUUUUCUUGCAUAAAAUGAAGUUCAUACGCACUCAUAAAUAAUACGAGUAUAUGAAUGAAAACUAUUUGAACAUUAAAAAUAUAGUUGAAGAUUAUAGGACAAAAGAGUAAACCAGAAUGUUUGCUAUGUCAAAAUGCAUCUAUGAUUGCAUGGAUUCAAAUUCUCCAUAUUACAACAAUUGUGCCGAGUACCAAAAUAAUGGAUUCCAGCUCCCUGUGACUGGUCAUACCUUUGAUAAUUCCUCUUUCUACAAUAGCUAUUAGGAAGUAUUCAGACCGAAUCUUCAUAAUCAUAUCAAUACGAAUUUCUAUGAGAAACUAAACCCAUUCUAUAAAUUAUAGAAUGGCAGUGAUGAAACACUUAUCUUUGAAAGCAGAUUUGAAAGUGGAAAUCUUAGAUAGGCAGUUUAGAUAGAUCGAUUUGAAUAUGAGCUCUAUCUGAAGACUGAUUAGAAUACUAAUAAUUACACGCAAUGGUUUUACUUUAAGUUGAGUAAUACUAGACGUCAUCGUCAAUAUACCUUUCAUAUAGUAAAUUUCGUUAAACCAGAAUCUUCUUUUAACGAUGGAAUGAAACCAAUAAUGUAUUCCAAAAAACAAGCAGAAUAAAGACAAAUAGGUUGGAUUAGAGUUGGAGAAGAUAUUGCUUAUUAUCAAAGCUCACAAUCAAAGUAAUAGUAAUUUUGUAAGCUAUUAGGAGUGGCCAAUCAAACUGAUGCUCCUCAAAUCUACACUUUAUCCUUCAAAAUUGAAUUCAAAUAUGAUAGCGAUGAGGUAUAUCUCGCAUACUGCUUUCCUUAUACAUUUACUGAUAAUUUAAGAUUAUUGAACAAACUCUCUUCUUCAAAAUAUAAGGAUAGAGUAAAGAGGAUGAAUCUUUGUAAGACUUUAACAGAAAAUGAGUGUGAUAUGUUAAUCAUUACAAAUUUCAAUUCAUCUUAAGAAGCAAUAGCUGAACGUCCAGCAGUUAUUUUGACUUCAAGAGUCCAUCCUGGAGAAUCAAAUGCAUCUUAUAUUAUGGAAGGAGUACUAAAAUACCUAGUUUAAAGCAAUGAAAGUGAAGCAUAACUUUUAAGAAAUAAAUUUGUCUUCAAAAUAGUUCCGAUGCUCAAUCCAGAUGGUGUAAUUGUUGGAAAUUACAGAUGCAGUACCAAAUCUGGAGGAGAUCUAAAUAGGUAAUGGAUCAAUCCUGAUCAUAAAGUUUAUCCAGAGAUCUUUUCCGUGAAAUAAAUGAUAGAAAAGACUUUAGACUCUAGAGAUAUCUUCUUGUAUUGUGAUUUCCAUGGGCAUUCAAGAUCAAGGAAUACAUUUAUUUAUGGUUGCAGUGGAGGAAACUUUAAAGCAAAGGAUUAAUAGCCAAUAUCUAAUUUUAAACAUAGAGAAAGAAUCUUCCCAUUCCUACUAAGCAAGAAUUGCGAGUACUUUUCCUUUGAGGGAUGCAAUUUUUCUAUUUAAAAAGCCAAAGAAUCGACUGCCAGAGUUGUACUAUACAGAGAGUUUCAACUCUAUAAUUCUUAUACUUUAGAAUGCUCUUUUUUCGGUCCUAAUAAAGGUCAGUAUAAAGAUUGCCAUUUCAACAUAAGCAUGUUACUAGAGAUCGGAUAGUAAUUUUGCAAGACACUUCUAGAUAUGGUUGAAAAGGAUCAAAAUAAAGUCAAUAUAGCCAUAAAAGAAAUUAAAAAAUUGAAUAAAAAAUAAACUAUACCAAUAGCAAACACUAAUGCUUAAACUACUAUUUCUCCAGCUGACGACAAAUACAAGAUUAUCAAGGAAUAGAAAAUAGAAAACAAUAAUCUAGGCAAAACUGAUCUUUUUAAGAAGGAGCACUUAUUUUCAUCACAUUAGCAGCUAUCAAGUCCAUCUUAGUAGAAUGCUUAGGCAACAUAGUUUGUAAAGAUCAAAUUUUAAUCAGUGUUAAAUCCGCUUAUCCUUUAAUAAGACAGUUCAAAGCCCUUAAAGAAAAGUGGCCAAAAGACUAAAAGUACUCAUAAGAGCUCUAUCAAUGAAGUAAUUAACCUUUAUAACUCCUCAGGAUUAAAUUCAAAUCUUCCCUCAGAUAAUAAUAUACCUGGGCAGACAACUCUUUAGAAUUAAAAUUCAAAGUCAAAGCCAAAUUUCAUGGCAUAAUCUCCUACUUUAAUGGGAAUUCAAGGCUAUGGAAUGCUUUAAAUAAAUCAAGAGAAGUAUUUAAAUCAGAGAUCAAAGUCAACUGCUAAUCGAAAAGCUAAGAAAAGAGAGUCGGAACUAAUUGGUGUUACAAGUAACUCUAACAACAACUAAAAUAAUCAGAGUGCUAAUGGUACUAAUCUUUUCAGAAUAAAACUUAGUGAAUUCACCAGUAAGACCAGUCAUCAAAAACGAAGAAAUAUUAAAGCAUCCCAGUUGAUAGAAAUCAAGUGA